AAUACCAUGAUUUGACUCGAGCUUUUGUUGUUCUACAAAGGCAUCGGUGGAGCAUAACGCGUGGGAGUUGAAGCAAUACAUCGAGGAGCUUUACUGGGGGUCUGGUAAAUGAGUAAUGCUGCUCGGGCACAGCAACGGUGGAGUUGAUUCUGCCGCGGCGUUGUCCAUUUAUUGGUCCGAGUUAGAGAACAAAGUUGCUGGAUUGGCACUGGUCCAGAGUCCGUACGGUGGCAGUCCCAUAGCCUCCGAUACUCUCCGUGAAGGCCAGAUAGCUGACAAAGAAACUCGAAGGAUCAUGGAACUUUUAAUAUGCAAGACGAUUAAGGGUGACAUGCGAGCUCUGGAAGAUCUUACAUACGAAUAGAGAAAAGAAUUUGUUAUGAAGAACAAGUUACCCGAGGGAAUCCCUCUUAUCUCGUUCAGCUCGGAAG